CCCGCCCCUCUCAGCGAUGUGGAAACACACGCAUGGUCCGUGGACUGAGAGGCAGGCAGGCAGACCUUGGAGUUGCGACAGGAUACAGAGACAUGGGGAUGGACAAUACUGGCGUGUGAAACAUGAACAUUUCAAUGUCAGGACGGAAGCAGCCAGACGCCGACGGUGGCGGUGACAGCAGAGCUUACCAGCCGCUGAUCAAGCAAACUGUCUGAAGCUCCAGUGACAAACAAAAUGCCUAAAAAAUCAAUACGAUCCUGCAGCCUCUGAAUUAUGGGAAAUGUUGAGAGCCAGAACGGGGACCAUGCCCUCUACGGUAACGAACAUGGCUAUUUGUCACGUAAGCACAUGUCUCGAUCUCUUCGCAUCUCCAAUAAGCAGUCCAGACGCUCUCGGCAUGCUUCAUCAGGGAAAAUAGAGCACAGGAACUCUGAAACGAGUACACGCUCAAGUAGCACCCCCAGUAUCCCACAAUCCCUAGCUGACCAUGGCCUGGAGCCCUUCAAUGAGACGAAUAUCCUCCCAGACUUUGGAAGUCCAAUUUGGGUGGACCGCGUGGCAAUGAACCUUCGACCUGUGUCCUUUCACAACGACAUGACCAAUCCUUCGGUGCACAUGAAUACAAUGCACGUAACCCUUCCUGGCCCCACUGCAGAGGAGGUGCAGGACAAAGACGAGUACAUGGGCGAGGUAACGUACCUUCAGAAAACACGGGACGGCUCCAAUGAGACGGUAAGCUUCAAGAAGAAGAGGUCUAAGUCUGCAGACAUGUGGCGAGAAGACAGCCUGGAGUUUUCCCUCUCUGACCUCAGCCAGGAGCACCUGACCAGCACAGAGGAGAUAAUAGACCCAGCCAGCGAGAGGGACUUUACUGACUGCAAAGGACACCUGCAGUCCAGCCCCACAGACUCCGCUGACAGGGCCAACUCCCUGGAUGAGCUGUACAGCCAGAAGAGCUCCACUCGCAGGCAACCCCACGGCCGCUAUGCCAAGUGGCACGGCACCAACAGGGCCAUCAGGGAGGGCGAUGAUGAUAAGAUGAUCUCCCCAUCUGAGGAAGAAGGGAACACCUAUAGUGCAUACACCCUCCCCUGCAGGCGUUCCCACUGCCUUUCCGAAGGCCUCAGCAGCCACCAAGCUGCCAUGUGUGCCAGUAUGCAAGGCAGGAGAGCGCAGACUAUACAGGAUGUCACAGCCGGGGAGGGCAGCGAGUACGAGGACAGCGGCAUCGACGGGGUGACGGCGGAGGCAGAGCACCAGUCCAGACGCUACAAGACCAUGUCGGCCUCCUUCUCCAUGUGCUCGACGGCCGGCAGGAGCAUGUUCGCCGGCAGCGACAGCGGCAGCAGCAGCGGCGGCGGUGGCGGCGGGGCCAGUGAGUGUGUUCAGGGCGUGUACGAGAACUUUCGUCAAGAACUGGAGAUGAGCUCCUGCCAGACGGAGAGCUUGGAGGAGGCGGGGUCAGCCCUGAGUGACGAGCAGAGCACCAUGAGCUCCGCCUACCAGUCAGACGUGUUGCUCAGUGUUGCCCAGGGGAUGGUGCGCAAAGCUGGCAGGCUCGCCGUCAAGAACUUCCUCGUGCACAAGAAGAACAAGAAAGUAGAGUCAGCCACGAGGCGCAAGUGGAAGAGUUACUGGGUGUCUCUGAAAGGUUGCACUCUGUUCUUCUAUGAGACUGAUGGGCGGUCAGGCAUCGACAACAACAGUAUUCCUAAGCAUGCAAUCUGGGUGGAGAACAGUAUUGUCCAGGCGGUACCAGAGCAUCCCAAAAAGGACUUUGUGUUCUGUCUCAGCAACUCCCUGGGAGACGCUUUCCUGUUUCAGACGUGCAGCCAGACGGAGCUGGAGAACUGGAUCACAGCCAUCCACUCGGCGUGUGCCACUGCUGUCGCCCGGCAGCACCACAGAGAGGACACGGUGCGCCUGCUGCGCGCAGAAAUCAAGAAGCUCGAGCAGAAGAUAGACAUGGACGAGAAGAUGAAGAAGAUGGGUGACAUGCAGCUGUCUGCCGUUACUGACACCAAGAAGAGGAAGACCAUCCUGGAUCAGAUCUUCCUGUGGGAGCAGAACCUGGAGCAGUUUCACAUGGAUCUCUUCCGCUUCAGGUGCUACCUGGCCAGCCUGCAGGGCGGAGAGCUGCCCAACCCAAAACGCCUCCUUGCCGUUGCUUCUCGCCCCACCAAGCUGGCAAUGGGCCGGCUGGGAAUAUUCUCUGUCUCGUCCUUCCACGCACUGGUGGCGGCUCGCGCAGAGAACGGAGUGAGACGGAGGACGCAGGCCAUGUCUCGUUCCUGCAGCAAGCGCAAGAGCAGGUUCUCCUCCCUGUGGGGUCUGGACACCACCUCAAAGAAAAAAACUAAAGCCCAUCCAAGCAUCAACCAGCAGGUCUUUACUGAUGGCGAGGAGCCAGCGAAAAACUCUGUAGAUGGCGUAUAUGUCGAUCCUUCCAAGGAACACACAAAAAGUGAGGACGGAACAUCGCGCCUUCCGCGGCCGAGCACAGAAAGUGACAUCUGGGUCCCGGACCACCUCACCCCCUCCUGGGUGUGUCUGCCAAAUGACCAGCCUGUGCUGACCAUCAUCCAGCCAGGGGAGUCAGCACUGUGUGUUCUAGAAACCAUCUGCAAGGCUCACCACCUCGAUCCCACCAAGCAUUACUUGCGACUCAAGUUCCUGAUUGAAAACCAAGUGCAAUUCUACAUCCCCAAACCAGAAGAGGACGUGUGUGACUUGCUUUACAAAGAAAUUGAGCUCUGCUCCAAAAUUACGAAAGUAAUCCAGUUUGACAGAGAUGAAUCCUGCAUGAUUGGAUACGGUUUCUCCAUUUCAGUGGUGGAGGAGGAUGGAGUACAACAGCUCUACAUCACUGAUGUGAAGGCGGGAGGAUUGGCCUUCGCAAAAGGUCUUAAUGCAGGGGAUGAAAUACUGCAGCUGAAUGGAAAGGAAUCCCACAGUCUCAACUUCUCCGACAUGAAGGCAGCUUUCUCUCAGGCCUCGCUGGCUCUGACAGUAAACACCCUGCCUUCUGUGGAGCGCCGACAGCUCUGCUACCUGCCGCCGCGCCGCUCAGAUGCAGAGGAAGAUCUCUACACGGACAUCUUCUCCCAGAGUCAAGAGGAGAUCCUGGAUGAUGGGGUGGGUCUGUUGCUCGAGAGCUCAGGAGAUAGCCUGGACGACGACUCGGAGAUCUUCAGUGAUUUUGAGUGCAGAAAGAGUACGGAGCAGGUCGCCGCUUUCUGCCGCAGUCUCCAUGACAUGAAUCCCACGGAGUGUGUGUCCUCUUCGCCUAGCCCGGACUCGCCCUUCCCACCUCCUGCAACUCAGCGACAGCUCUCUGAUGCCGACAAACUCCGCAAAGUCAUCUGUGAACUCGUGGAGACCGAACGCACCUAUGUGAAAGAUCUCAAUUGCCUCAUUGGGAGAUAUUUAACCCCCCUGCAGAAAGAGACCUUCCUCACACAGGAUGAGCUGGAUGUUCUGUUUGGAAACUUGGCGGAAAUGGUGGAGUUUCAGGUUGAGUUUCUCAAGACCCUGGAAGACGGGACCAGACUGGUUCCAGAUCUAGAGAAGUUGGAGACAGUGGAUCAGUUUAAGAAAAUACUCUUCUCCCUGGGAGGCUCUUUCCUGUACUACGCAGACCGUUUUAAAAUAUACAGUGCUUUCUGCGCCAGCCACACCAAAGUCCCCAAGGUCCUCGUAAAGGCCAAAACCGAUACCGAUUUCAAGGCUUUCCUGGAAGAGCGCAACCCCAAGCAGCAGCACUCCUCCACCCUGGAAUCCUACCUGAUCAAACCCAUCCAGAGGGUGCUGAAGUAUCCCCUCCUGCUCAAGGAACUGUAUUCGCUCACAGACCCAGACAGCGAGGAGCACUACCACCUGGACGUUGCCAUGAAAGCCAUGAACAAAGUUGCCAGCCAUAUCAACGAGAUGCAAAAGAUCCAUGAGGAGUUUGGAGCUGUGUUCGAUCUGCUUAUCACUGAGCAGAGCGGUGAAAAGAAAGAGGUGGCUGAUCUGUCCAUGGGGGACCUGCUACUUCACACCAGUGUGACCUGGAUCAACCCCCCUGCCUCCUUAGGAAAAUGGAAGAAAGAGCCCCAGAUUGCUACGUUUGUGUUCAAAACAGGAGUGGUCUUUGUAUGCAAGGACGGGUCCAAGCAGAAAAAGAAAAUGGUCGGCUCCCAUCGGGUCUCUGCAUCUUCAGAAGAAAAAGACCCCUUCAGAUACCGCCACAUGAUCCCAACUGACGCCCUUCAAGUCAGAUCCUUGGCCAACGCAGAUGGGGAGGGCUCUUCCAUGUGUGAGAUUGUCCACACAAAGUCUGAGUCUGAGGGAAGGCCAGAGAGGACCUUUCAGCUGUGCUGUAGUUCUCCAGAGAGCAGAAAAGACUUCCUGAAGACAGUCCAUUCUAUCUUGAGGGAAAAGCACCGCCGGCAGCUCCUUAAGACAGAGAGUUUACCCCUCAACCAGCAGUAUGUGCCCUUUGGAGGAAAGCGCCUCUGUGCCCUGAAGGGAGCCCGGCCCGCCAUAAAUAGAGCAGCAUCUGCACCAACCAGGACCCUGGGCAGGAGGAAGUUAGUGCGCAAUCGUUUCACCAUAGACACUGACAUUGUUUUUGACGUUGAGCCAGACCAGGACAUUGCUUCAACGCAGGAGCCCGACGCAAAGCUGCUGCAGCAGGACAAAGACCCAGAGCAGCAGCAGCCCGAGUUAGCCGGAGACACAGAUCGUUGGGUGGAAGAACAGUUUGACCUAGAAAUAUACGAAGACCAGGAGGAUGUGAAGGAGACGGACAUCCUAAGUGAUGAGGAUGACGAGUUCAGCCAGUCAGCCAGAGCGCUGUCCACUAAGGCCAACCUGGAGGCCUCCAUCAUGGCGUUGUCCUUGGAGAGUGAAGAAACAGAGGAGAGCCUUAAGUCCCCAAUGGCCAGUGGGACGCCGGACGAUGUGAGGCUGUUCGACUCAGAGAAGCAGAGCGUAGUGAUCGAUGGUAACGUGGAGGAUCAAAAGCAAAUGGAGGACGAUGAGAUUUGGGUCAAAAGGCAGCAAUCCCGUUCGUCCCCAGACUGUGGCACAUAAGAGGACAGCUUUACAUUGGGCUCCAUAAAGAUCAGUCAUAUUCACAAACAAUGCAUGGGCAUUGACAUAUAUCAGCCAGUAGAAGAUAUAUACUUCUUUACCUUACUUGUGCUGAUAGCUUUUUGUAAAGGUUAGAGCAUCUGUGGAGCAAUAAAGGAAUCUAGAAUGAGGGAGCUUCAUCCCAAAUCAAAUGCUGUUACAUAGAAGUCAGGUGUAAGCUUUGAGAUAUGAACUAAUGGUACAAUCAUGGACUCAGAUCAGUGGCUUUGAUUGGCAUGGUUUGCACAUUUGGGCAGCAACCUAUAGUCCUGCCUGCUGUUGCCAAAUGUGGUUAUUGUGAGAACAUUGAUAUUUGUUUUGUCUAUGUGACUCCGAUAUUAUCAUAGUUAAGGGCUGUAUAUCAUUUGUCCUUAAAGACAUAGAAUAACUGAAAAGGACAGUCUCGUCUUGCAUAGUUUACUGUACUUGUAUACAUGAAUUUACACUGACAUGUUUUUGGAGCAUAUUUUAUGGUUUUGAUCUCUUGUUUUACAGUCUUAAGCUAUCUUUUUAGCCUGGAAAAUAUGUUGUUUUCCUGUUACAUUUAAUAUUGGGAUUAUGUAAAAGUAUCCAUUCACAGACACUAAGGGGAAUUUUAUUUAACAUAAUCCUGCUUUACUUGAAUUUGCUGUUUCAGCUUGCUGUCUUACUGUGAAACCAUUUUCUUGUAUUUUUUUCAGUAUUGCCAUUUAAAGAACGCUCUGUUACAUUUCAUGCUUAAAACGUACCUACACACUCAGGGGCGAAUUCACAAAAGGAAUACACAGCAUUUGUGGCUGCUAAACAAGCACAAAUAAAAUAAGAAUCACCCAAAACAUUUUAAAUGCCCCCCUCUUAACUGAGCUGCAGAGCGAAUAGCAUCUGUGUGCUAUUUGCACCAUUUUUAAUUGGGUAGUAUGCAUACAUUUAGCACCUCUCCAUGUAAAUGAGCCUCAUUGCAAAAACAGUCGCGAUUAAGACCCAAGUAGCCAAACAGUGAAAUAAUUGGUUUCUUCAAAGAGUGUUAACUGAAGCACAUCUAUAAAAAGGGAUGUCACGCAGAAUUUCCUGUGAUUAUGGCGUUUUCUGUUCCUGGCCAAAAGUCAUUGGGUAUACUUUGCCAGAUGGAUGAUUGCAUAAUUUUAAUAAAAGGCUAAACUUAAAGGCCGUGUUUGCGAUGUAAAGCAUUAGCGCAAUAUUCAAUGUGAUCUUGUGUCGAACCUUGAGAAGGUGCAGAUCGCAAGUGAUGAGCAACGAGAUGGUGCCAUCCACCACCACAAUCCCCUUUGUGAAUUUGUCCGUCUGUGUUGUAGGGAAUUUGCACGGUUAUUAGUUAUUUAGUUAUUUUAAACAGAUUGUCCACUGGUAAUUGAUCACAAAGCAAUGUUUUAUUUAUUUAUUCAUAUGUAAAUGAAUUUGUUGGAAAAAAUACUAUUUUUUUCACAAAGAAAGUCCAAAUUUGCUCAAGCAAUCAAGGUGAAAGACUUGCCGUAUGCCUGAACAGUGGAAGAGGACAUACUUGUAAACAACUCAUCGUGCUACUAAGACUGCAUUUUUAUUACUGUGUGUAUAUAGAAAAAUGUAUUGAUAUCAUAAUAAAUACAGUUGUUUCCUACUUAUAAUUCAAA